GGCAGCCCCCGAGCUGGGGCUGGGAACGAGAGGGGGUCUCUCCCUCUCCCCCACAACAGCAGCCCCCGAGCUAGGUCAGGGAAGGAGAGAGGUCUCUCCCUCACCCUUCAUUUUGUUGUGGGCGGCCGCCCAGGCACACACCUUAGAGGGAACCACCUGAAUGGAGCUUGCGGACCACAGUUUGAUAACCUCUGCUGUAGAGCAUUGUGUCAGUGCAAUUGCACCAGGCUGUGUCGCAGGGUGGUUAAGCACUGGAAUAAAUUGCCUAGGGAGGUUGUGGAAUCUCCAUCAUUGGGGAUUUUUAAGAGCAGGUUGGACAAACACCUGUCAGGGAUGGUUGAGAUAAUACUUAGUCCUGCCUUGUGUGCAGGGGCCUGGCCUAGAUGACCUCUCGAGGUCCCUUCCAGUCCUGUGAUUCUAUACUGCCCUUAACGGGAGCUGCAAUACCAUUGGUGCCACUUCCCAGGCAGGACCAGUGGUGGGAGCUGUAGUACAGUCAGUCAGACAACACAGUUAGAAAAACACCUGAGCCCUGUCUGUGCUACGGCACCGUCAGGGAAUUCUGCUCCCCAGUGCACGUGCACCUUGGUUCUAAUAUACGCCGUCUCUGCACCUGCUCAUAGGCUUGGCCUGUGCAUCCUCUAGUAAACAGAAUUGUAGAUUUUAUGGCCAGAAAGGAUCAUUCUGUUCAUCCAGUGUGACUUCCUCCCGAGCCCCGGCUGGAGCAUCAUUCCCCCAGGAAUCUAAGUAUCAAGCCCACCAUUUCGGUGUGAGCUACAGCAGAUCUUUUGAGAAGAUACCCACGCUUGAUUAAAAGACCCCAAGUGAUGGAGUCUCUCCCCUGUCUCUGGGCCCAUUGUCCCAGUAAUUAGUUAAUUUCCUUGUUAAAAAAUUGUGCCUUAUUUCUAGCCUGAAAACAUCCAGCUUCAGCCAUUGGAUCUCAUGCUGCCUUUGUCAACUGGAUUAAAGAGCUGCCUAUUCUCAGAGAUCUUCUCCCCUUGGAGGUGCCGACUGCUGGGAUCAAGUCACCACUUAAUCUUGGAUUAAAUAGAUUGAGCUUCCUUCGGGCUUGUCUGCACCUGGGUUGCCUGGGAACGCAGGGCCAGAGCGCUGAGGGCUCACCAUGGCCAAGCUGCAGGGGCUUCAGGCUGACUACAUCUUCCGCGGCACGGAGCACGUUGUGAGGAUGACCGUGAAUGGGAGCGUCCUGGAGGUGGAAGUGGAGGACCGGCUCACCACCGAUCAGUGGAGAGGAGAGUUUGACGCCGCCUUCAUUGAAGAUUUAACUCACAAGACAGGGAACUUCAAGCAGUUUGGGAUCUUCUGCAGCAUGCUGGAGUCUGCCCUGAGCCAGAGCAGCGAGUCGGUCACCUUGGACCUCCUCACCUACACUGACCUGGAGGCACUGAGGAGCCGGAAGAUUGGGGUGGGCCCAAGGCACGCGCCCUCCGCCUCCAAGUCCUCACUGCUGAGUUCCAAGCGCUACCUCAUCCUCAUCUACUCCGUCGAGUUUGACAGGAUCCACUACCCCCUCCCGCUGCCCUACGUGGGCAAGCCAGACCCGGUAGCGCUGCAGAAGGUCAUCAGGGAGCUGAAGGAGGAGCUGGCCGUGCUGAAGGCCAAACCAGGCAGGGAUUUCCGGGACGCGGAGAUCCGCCGGCUGCGGGACGAGCUGGCCCGGGUGCUGGAGGAGAAGCAGGAGGUGGAGUCAGCCCUGCUUGGGCUGCAGGAGGAGCUGAAGCUGUGCAGCAAGAGCAGCGCCGGGAAGGAGGUGAAGAUCCUGAAGAAGAUUGUGCAGAGCCUGGAGGAGGAGCUGCUGAAGGAGCGAAGCAAGCACCAGCGAGCGGCCAGCAAGCGCCUGCAGGAGAACCGGCAGCUGGCUGACGAGCUGGCGGAGGUGAAAGCAUCGGAGAGGAGCCUCCGUGUCCGAGUGAAGAGUCUGACCAAUGAGCUGGCCUUAUACAAGAAAGGCCGCUUGACCCCCACUGGCCCAUCCCCUCAGAACCGAGCGGCAUCCUCCCGCGGCUUCAGUCACGCUGCCCCGGGCCGGAGCAGCGCUGCGGCCAUGGCCCGACAGGAGCGGCGCUCAACCUCCGGGGAGCGCUCCAACUCCCGGGAGCGUGGCGGGGCCUGGCCGGGGAACCGGCCACGCUCCACGUCCAGAGAAGGGCGCGGCGGGAGCCAGACCCGCCUCCCUCGCCAGUCACCGUCACCCACAGGCACCCGGCCGCCGCGCUUCGACCCCACGGCCUUUGUGAAGGCCAAAGAGCGGAAGCAGAAGGAGGCUGAACUGAAAAACCAGCGACGGGUCCGGCGGGGCGCGGGUGAUGCACCGCCAGGCAGCUGGGGCUGCUCCAACUCCCGGGGCCUGGCAGCCUUCAGUGGAGACAGCCUGGGCAGGAGUCGCGGACGCAGCUCGUCGGUGGAGAGCUUCCGCAGCCGGCGCUCUUCAGCAAGCUCGGGCAGCGAGGCGGAUGAUUACUCCGAGCCAGUACCCCUAAGGGGCAGGCGGCGGGCGCCCAGAGGCAGGAAGCCCUUGAGUUCCUCCUCCUGGAACGGCCCCAGCGGGGCUCCUCGAGGGGAUGCCGGGCGCAGGAAACGCCUGGCCAGCACCCCCACCGCGACCAAGCGAGCGGACAAAGAGAACCUGUACGAUGAGCCGUCGGCCGACCUGUCCGAGAUCGACGCCCGGCUGCAGGCGCUGCAGGAAUACAUGAACAACCUGGACACCAGGACAUAGCCAGUGGAGUCGGAGCGGGAGGGCGGGCACGUGGCCCAGGCUCGGAGCCCUCCCGGCUGCUCCCAUGGGGCCGAGCCAGGACCUCUCUCUCCCACAGGGACCCUUUGCCCUGCUGUCUCUGGGCUCUACUCCAGGCUGGACAAGAGAAGAUUAGCAAGGUGGAUCUUCGGGAGAGGGGGCUCAGGAUCUUAGUCUCCCCCCGCAGCUUGUUCCCAUCAGAAAUCCCCACCCCCACGGGCUGGACAGAAGGCAGGUGGCUUUGUAGUUGUACCCAAGUAGCCCAGGAGCAAAGGAUCAUGGGACAUUUCCUCCUGGGAGCGACUCCCUUCACAUUGGUGGCAGCUAGGGGGCGCCUGCCCCACUCUGGCUUGUGGAUUUCUGACCCCGCGGGGAAUGGGGGGAGGCCACUGUGGGGUGGAGACCUCUGAGCUCAACAGGCUGAUGGGACCAUCUUCUGCCCCCCCCCGCCCCCCCCCCCAGUUUAGCUCCGUUUUAGCAGCCUGCUGCUGCUGCCUUAGCAGGAGCCGUGGGAUUGAAGGAGACAGGAGGUGUUUUACCCCCUGGGCCGGCCUUGGCCUCUCGAUGCCGACAGCGCCGAGCUGGGACGGGAGGAUCCUCCGGGCCCCCUCGACCCGCCCUUGGGCUGCUGAAACCCCUGGGUGGAUCCCAGCCCUUCACAGCUGCAGCCUUGGAGCCUGACCAUCCCCCACGGGCAGCUUCCCGGCUGUUCCAGCCUCAGCAGAGCCCCCGAGAGGCUGGAAUCCUGCGAUCGGUGGGGGGGCGGGGAAGGCGGCAGCCUCUUAACACGGAGGCCAAGCCAGCUUGAGACAGGGGCAGCACUUACCUGCUUCUGGGCUACCCCAGAAGCUGGGGCCCGGUCUGAUCUUGCCAAGCCCUCGCCCUGCACCAGCUGCUCCCAGCUAACCACGUCCCACCGGGGCAGCCGAGAGGGCAGGACGCCUUGCACCGGUUUGCCUGCCUGGGCGGGCAGGCUGCCCUGCGCUCCGUCCCCUGGUCAGAGCACCCGGGAGAGACACAGCAGGGAAAGGCACCAGCUCCGGCUCUUCGAGCUGGUCGUCCCUGGAGGCAGUGAAACGAGCCAGCUGUUCGGUCUCUGGCCGUUCCAGUGGCUUGAACUGCUUUUAAUGCUGGUGCGUGAAAUCUCCCGCGUCUCAGCGGCUGGGGGAGCGUCCCCUGUGCUCCCCCUCAUCCGCUUUCAUGGCAGCACACGGGGCUUCGGGAGACCUUUGGCCAUUGGUCCCUCAGCUGCUCUAAGCCCCCUGCCUGUUGGUGGGCCUGGAGGAGCCUCAGACCGGCUCAGCACCGGGCAUUCAGCUGUUAGAGCUGAAAGGCCCAUGGCCAGAGUCUGCCUCAGCAGCCCUGUCUGCUAUGGGAUCUGGUCCCUUCACUCCAAGGUCAAGCCAUGCUGGUUCCUCUCAGUGCCCCGGUGGGCGGCAGGUGUUUGUGCUGUGAUCCUGUGUGCGCCCCAUCCCCCCCCCCACGUGCUGUUGCUCUGCUGUGUUGUGUGAUGAUCCCUGUUGUAAAUAAACCUUUCUAACUUCCUGCCGGCUGCCGAUCCCCUCCCGUGCCUCUGCUCCACCCUGCGCCAGCGAUGAUGGGGAUGGAACUUGGCUCGUGCCACCAAAGCCCCGUCCCUUGAGCCAAAGGAGAAUCGCCAUCAGCUGGGAACAGUAGAGGGGAUGUGACACACAGCAGGCUAGUUCGUGUUCCGCUGACGCGUCUGCAGAGA